AUGAGCUUCCACAAGCUACCACACGACUCAGAUGAUGGAGACGCCACCGAACCUUCGGAGUCUGAGAUGGAGGAGCAACUUUGUGCACAGGCUGCUGAGGCGUUCAAUCAUGUCGUCCGCUCGCAUCAAAUUGCCGCCAGCACUGAAGUGGCGCGCAAUCGCCUCAAGGGCUCGCUGUACAUGGUCGAGCAGCGACGUAGACGACAACAGCACCUGGCACCGCCAGACGAAGCGCUGCUAGGCAUCAGAACACAGACAUCGGAGCUGCCAGUGGAACCAGACCUAUACGCGAAAGACACCGUCAAGUUCAGCUUGCCGAAUCCCAGCACGACAAUGUACAAGCGGGCGGUGAUUCUGCCGAAGAUUCCGUCAAUCCCAACGGCAACAAUGUGGACGGCACUGACCAAAAACUACGAGGUGGAGGACGAACCAACGUUGAAGUUUCUGCCGUAUUUCGGCGACGACGACGAAGAGGACGUCGUGUCAGAGUUCUACCAGAUCAAACAGCAGAGAACCAGUGCGUGCGAGGUGGAAUUCACCAAGGAAAUGUGUGAAGGUGUGCUCAAGACCCUUCAGUCCACGUGGGAUCUCACGCCGAGCGAUCUCAAGCGUGUGGCCAGCGUUAUCCAUCCAAGAAGAAGCGCCGCACGGAGGCGAUGGCUGCUGCAAGUGCACAGACUAACUCGACGCGGAUAA